UUACGGCUGCCAGGUAACGGGCUGCGCCGCUGUGUAGUUGCGCAUGCGCGUCUUCCCGCUCGCCAUGGUAACAGGAGUAAAUAGUGGGAGGGGCUGUGGCACUGAGCCCGCAUGCGCAGGAGAAAUCGGCGGAGGGAAGAUGGCGGAGGAUGCUGCGGUUGCUAUGAGUCCAGGGAGGGGUAGGCCCUGACACCAACACAGCGCGGGUCCGCGGCCUCAGGUAAUGCUGCCGAGAUGUGAGCUGAGAGCGCGGAACUGGGACACACCACCCACACACCGUGGACAAUGAGGGUGCACCAAUCCCUACGGCCCUCAAUGCCCCAGGCAUGUGAACCCAGGUUUGCACGGAGUCGUGAGUCCCCGGUGAUCACCACUCAGCCGGCCGCAGUUGGCAAGGUCCUCACAUCCCUCCGCACUGUCAGCCAGGAGCGCUCGGCUUAUGCUUCCACCAUCUACAGCAAUGGAACGGUCCCUGCUCCCAAGCUCCGGCCACUGCCUCCCCGCCCGCUGGUGGAGAAGAGUAAGGACCGCGGUCGGAGUGCACAGCGUACGGAUCCUGCUAGUAAGAGGGGGCCGGUGAAGGCUAAUCACAUGAUCAUCGUCACCAGCCCCCCGCCACCCAGCAAAGCAUCCGCUCACACCCCUCAGGUCAGAGUUGGCAGUCUUUCUCGGUCUAAAUCUGUCAGUCACGGGGACCUGAGCCUGAACAGAGAAAAGACGGAGGAGAUCAGCAAAGGUCUGGCCCAGGUGGUGGUCCGAGAGCGCAGCGCCUCGUCCAGCCGGAAGCCCCCAUUAGACACGGCAUCCCUGAGGAGGAGCAGCUCUCUCAAAAGGCUCAACGUGCUGCCCGCUGUGGAGGCUCCACAGAAGACCUGCAACACCUCUCUUCUGUCACUGCGGCCCGACGUGUCCACCAAGACAACGCAGCGAGAACCCCAAGAGUCCUACCAGCACCCGCAAGCCUGUGGCCCCCCGGACAGCCCGUCUCCAUCUUCUCUUCCGCCGCGUGUUCCCGUCCUCGGCUCAGGACAUGUCGGACUGCGGAAUCUAGGCAACACGUGUUUCCUAAACGCCGUCCUCCAGUGUCUGAGCAGCACGAAGCCCCUCCGGGAUUACAUCCUCCGGCAGGAAUUCCGCCAUGAGCAGGCGGCGAACUCCAGGACGCCGCAGGAUCUCACAGAGGCUUUUGCUGACGUCCUUACCUCCUUGUGGAGCCCAGAGCCCCCAGACUCUGCUAACCCUGCUCGGCUAAGAGCUGUCUUCCAGAAAUACAUCCCGUCUUUUACAGGAUACAGCCAGCAAGAUGCUCAGGAAUUUCUCAAGUUCUUCAUGGAUCGAAUCCACAUAGAAAUUAACAGGAAGUGUAGGAAAACUCCCAGCAUCCUCUCUGAUGCCAAACGUCUAAUCCAACUGGAACCUCAGGACUCCCUCAGUGAUGACGAGCGAGCCAAUCAGAUGUGGAAGCAGUACCUGGAGAGAGAAGAUAGCAAAGUAGUAGAUUUAUUUGUGGGCCAGUUAAAGAGCUGCCUUAAGUGCCAGGCUUGUGGCUACCGAUCGCCUACGUUUGAUGUCUUCUGUGAUCUGUCUCUGCCCAUCCCCAAGAAAGGUUUCACCAGCGGUAAAGUCUCCCUGAUCGAUUCCUUCAGCCUGUUCACUAAGGAGGAAGAGUUGAACUCUGAGAACGCCCCGAUCUGUGACCGCUGCCGGCAGAGGACAAAAAGCACCAAGAAGCUCACCAUCCAGCGCUUUCCCAGAAUCCUCGUGUUACACCUGAACAGAUUCUCCAGCACCAAGUUUUCCAUCAAGAAAUGUUCGGUGUUUGUAGACUUCCCCUUACACCGACUCAGCCUGAAGGAAUUUGCCAGCGAGAAAGCCGGAAGCCCGAUGUACAACCUGUAUGCCCUCUGCAAUCACUCAGGCAGUGUACACUACGGCCACUACACCAGCUACUGCAAGGGCCAGUCCGGAUGGUGCGUCUACAAUGACUCCCGAGUCACACCCAUCAGUGAGAGCCAAGUCCAGACCAGCGAGGCGUACGUCCUAUUCUACGAGCUGGAAGACAGCGGUCUGAAGAAAUAGCCUACUGGGGACACUGGACCAUCUCUUGGAGGUAUGAGGUCUCGGUGACCUCGCUCUUUGCUGCUGCUUGAACGAGCCGCCCCCGGAUCCUUCCUCUGCCAGGCACUAUUUGUGGGUGCCGGAGCCGAGCUGCGAUUCCGACUCGGAUUUUGAAGCAAUAAAUGGUUCUCUACCAAUUGGUCUAACAGUUUCAGACUGCGCGGCUUACCGCAGGAAACGUGUAUUAUGACCACUGCACUGCCCGCCACGGGGCUGCUGGCGCCAGGUCCAGUCCCAGCACCGAGCGGGAAUGGUCGACGGAUAAGACGUAUCAAUAAUUUAUUUGCUCAGGCUUUGUACUUGAACUACAAGUCCCAGCACUUUCUGCUGUAGUAUGAUCAUUCUAACUCACUGGGACAGACUGCACCUAUAUGACGAGAGGACUGUUCUGGGAUCACGAAUAAGAGUUUGAGUGAAAUUAGAAUUUUUUAUUUUUAGGCGCGGCUCAUUGAAAUAAAAGCACUCGGAGCAAUAUGCCGCAAUGGGCAAAACGCAGCACAAUUUGCACCAUUUUCUAAAAAUAAUAGGUGAACAGGUAAACUGGCUGGCAACUAAUCAUAGUAAGCAGUACCCAUAACGGAGAUACUCUUUGUUUUAAGGAACGUAUCACAAAGAAAUGAUAUAUUUUUCAUAUUUUUAUAUAAUGUGACCAGCAGGCAUCUUAUUUCAUUAGGAAAAGUGUUUUUAUUUUUAUUGUUUGCGAGCGUUACAGUCGCCACGAAAAUUUCAUGGCUGUGGUAUUUUAAUUUAGAGCUGAGGUAAACUGCUGUGCCGGAACUACAAGUCCCAGCAUACCUUGCCUGUGCCUGGCAGGCAGUGCUGAUAUGUGGAGCAGUGAGGGCAGCCAUUUUGUGUGUGACUGUCCUUAUAUAGCACAUAAGCAGCAGGCUCCUCGUGCCUUGGUGAUGUGGCUGUUUCCAGGUGAAUUGAUAGUGUGCUUUAUUCCCAUGUACAGCCCACACAAUGGCCGUCUCCAUAGUGCGCAGGCCAGGGGUAAAUACACAGUUUCAAAUUACUUUGAGUAAAAAAAAAAUCACUGACAUUACAAAAUUAUAAUAUGAUAACAUUGCUCCACCUGUAUGUUUCCCCACCACCCCGUUACAAUACUAUCUUGUGAAUUAACUAAUUUAUUAAUUGCCUCCAACUAAUCCAAUCGGUUUUACUCCUAUGGAACACUUUCUGUAAAGUAUGUUUUUUUUAUGUAUAUCUGCGUCCAUUUCAAGCUAUUCCGGUAAGAUUUUAAUAUUUUUGGUACUAAACCGAAUGUUUUUAUGUAAAUAUAUGAUCCUGUCCUAAGUAUAUUCACAUAUUUUGCAGUAAAUUAACUACAAAACCCA